UGCCACGCGUCCCAACUCAGUCUGAUCAGCCUGCUGACACUGUGGGUCUUACACUGGGCCCCGGAGUGCUGCUUUGGGAAACAUGAAUCUCCUAUUCAGACUAGCAGUUCUUCUUAGCCUGUGGGGUUGUUCCGAUGCUCAGGGACAAACAAAAGAAGAAAGCACAGAGGAGGUGAAAAUAGAAGUUUUGCACCGUCCAGAAAACUGCUCCAAAACAAGCAGGAAAGGAGACCUGCUAAAUGCCCAUUACGAUGGCUACUUGGCUAAAGACGGCUCCAAAUUCUACUGCAGCCGGACACAAGAUGAAGGCCACCCCAAAUGGUUUGUUCUUGGUGUCGGGCAUGUCAUAAAGGGGCUGGACAUUGCUAUGAUGGACAUGUGCCCUGGAGAAAAGCGAAAGGUGAUUAUACCUCCUUCAUUUGCAUAUGGAAAAGAAGGCUAUGGUGAUGCUUGAAGAAGCUUUUCCUCUGGCGAAAUGUCCUUGGCUCAUGUCCCAGAACACCCCCGCAUGUCUUAAAGUGCAUGUGGCUCUCUAGUGCUUUGAUUAACCAUCUCUGUGCAGAAGGCAAGAUUCCACCCAAUGCAACUCUGAUGUUUGAGAUUGAACUUUAUGCUGUGACCAAAGGACCACGGAGCAUUGAAACAUUUAAGCAAAUAGACACAGAUAAUGACCGGCAACUCUCCAGAGCUGAGAUCGAGCUUUACUUACAGAAGGACUUUGAAAAAGAUGCAAACCCCCGUGACAGGUCAUAUCAGAAGGCAGUUUUGGAAGAUAUCUUUAAGAAAAAUGACCACAAUGGAGACGGCUUCAUUUCUCCCAAGGAAUACAAUGUGCACCAACAUGAUGAGCUAUAAAUAUAAUUACUUCUCUAUUUGUUAGAAACUCACAUACUUUGCUUUAAAAAAAAAAUACCACUGUUCUCUAUGUUGUGGUUAUACCUGUUUUCCCUUGUGAGAAGAUAUUUGUUCCUUCAAUAAACAUGAUUUUGGUGUAAUAAUGU